GUCUCUCUCACUCAUUCAUUCACACAGACACGUUGCGAUAGCACCACUGUCCGUCUGUCCGUCCAUGGAUGAUACUCAUGUGUCUGUCUCGCUGUCUCGCGUGUCUGUGUUACUGUAUGUGGUUGUGUGUGUCCCACCGCCGGCUGUGUAGAUCUAGAUGCCCUUCUCCAAAUCCGUCAAACUGCACACACACGACACGACCCAACCAACCCGUCUCACAACUCGGCGUGUGUGUGGUUGAGUUGCUGUUUGGUGUGGGUGAGCUGCGCCGCGAGUGUGGACUCGACCUCACGCACACGCAUCAGCUCGUCAGACAACUCACUCACCUACACGCACACAAACACAUACAGCGAGAGAGAGAGAGGUGUCAAUGGCUGUGUGUGCUGUCUGUGUGUCUGUUUGUGACCUUCUUGUUGUGUUGCUGCUGGAGUGGUUUGAUUUGUGCGUGAUGUUGUUUGUUGAGGCUGGCCAUCUGUCGGUCCCUCUGGGUGCGCGGAUCGUGGAGGGCCGCGGAUGCAUUCUCGAUGAAGCUCUUCUCGUGCGCCUCCACGGCAUCCGCCCGACAAGCCAACGAACACAACACACCCAACUCUGACAUCCACACACACACACACACACACACAGAGAGAGAGAGAGAGAGAGAGAAAGGGAGAGAGAAGUGUGAAUAAGCAGCCAGUGUUGCUUUUUUUAAUCGAGCAGCUCUUUGUGCCGCUCCUCUCCCUCCC